AGAAACUUCCAGCAGAACCAAGGCUCUGUGGGUGGCUGUCUGCCUCAACCAGUUGAGUUGAGAUAGAGAAAAAAAUGAGAACACCAUGGUAGUUAUUUUUUCACAUAAAUCAUAACUUUACUUAUGUUGCUUGUUUUCAUUUUCAAAUAUAUGCAAAUGUCUUUUUUGUUAUUAUGUGCAUUGCUAAUGUGUUUAUUUCUUAAGCAGCAGUGUGUCAAUUAGUUUUAAAAAACAUUGAUUUUGGACACAGCUAAGGAAAGAGGCUGAAUGGUGUGACAGAUUUCCUGAUUUUUGAUUGGUCAAAUCUAAGGAAGCCAGCAAAACAACAAGUCACCCCUCUCACAAGGUCCACCAAUCAGAGUGACGUAUUUUGCAGCUGCUCCCGCCUCUUCAGCUGUAUCCCCCAAUGGAUGUCUACCUUAAUGGUAACAACGAGUCCACCUAUCCCUGCUCACCUAUCAGGAGGAAGAGGUGAUCGGCGGUCGCUUUUUGGCAUUUUAAGUAACCCAAUGCAGACCCUUCACGCUUGUCUGUGGAAUUGUGACAACUCCGUGUGUUUGACGUUUGCUUCGUGUGUCAAAUAGAUAGUUAUAGAUUUAUCCUUAAAAUACAGAUGGAGACGCUGCUCUAUGUGGCCUCCGUGGCUCUGUUGUUGGCGUUUUGGAUCAAAAUGAAAGGUGUCGACUACGUGCUGAUACACCAGCGUUGGAUUUUUGUUUGUUUGUUCCUGUUGCCUCUCUCUGUGGUCUUUGACGUGUACUUCUACCUAAGAGCAUGGAUCAUCUUCAAGAUGUGCUCGGCGCCCAAAAUGCACGAGCAGCGCGUACGGGACAUCCAGCGACAGGUGCGUGAGUGGAGGAAGGAGGGCGGCAAGAGCUUCAUGUGCACGGGUCGACCCGGCUGGCUCACUGUGUCUCUGCGAGUGGGCAAAUACAAGAAAACACACAAGAACAUCACUAUCAAUAUGAUGGACAUUCUGGAGGUGGACACUAACAAGCAGGUGGUGAGAGUGGAGCCCUUGGCCAAUAUGGGUCAGGUGACUGCCCUCCUCAACUCCAUUGGCUGGACCCUGCCAGUGCUCCCCGAGCUGGAUGACCUGACCGUAGGUGGUUUGGUGAUGGGCACCGGCAUCGAGUCGUCCUCUCAUAUUUAUGGCCUCUUUCAGCACAUCUGCGUGGCCUUUGAGCUGGUGUUGGCUGAUGGCAGCUUUGUGCGCUGCACUGAGGAGGAGAACUCGGACCUCUUCCAUGCUAUCCCGUGGUCUUGCGGCACUCUAGGCUUCCUGGUGGCGGCUGAGAUCAAAAUCGUGCCGGCUAAACCUUGGGUCAAGCUGCACUAUGAGCCGGUGCGAGGCCUGGAGAACAUCUGCCGUCGCUUUUCCGAGGCAUCCCAGAACAAAAAGAACACGUUUGUCGAGGGCAUCCAGUACUCCCUCGACUCUGCCGUCAUUAUGACGGGAAGCAUGAGCGAGCACGCCGAGCCAGAUAAGAUCAACAGAAUCGGCCUGCAUUUUAAACCGUGGUUCUUCAAACACGUGGAGGGCUACCUGACAGGUGGCGAGGCCGGAGUGGAGUACAUCCCUCUGAGACAAUACUACCACAGACACACACGCAGCAUCUUUUGGGAGCUUCAGGAUAUCAUUCCCUUCGGCAACCACCCGGUGUUCCGCUGCCUCUUUGGGUGGAUGGUUCCUCCGAAGAUCUCCCUGUUGAAGCUAACGCAGGGAGAAACCAUCAGACGCCUUUAUGAGCAGCACCAUGUGGUCCAGGACAUGCUGGUACCCAUGAGGCACCUUUGCUCUGCCAUCAUGCGCUUUCACCAGGACAUUGAGGUUUACCCUCUUUGGCUGUGCCCGUUCCUCUUGCCACCUGGCAAAGGGAUGGUCCACCCGAAAGGUCAAGACGAGGAGUUGUACGUAGAUAUUGGUGCAUACGGCGAGCCUAAAGUCAAACACUUUGAGGCGACAGCGUCGACGAGGCAGCUGGAGAAGUUUGUUCGAGAAGUGCACGGGUUCCAGAUGCUGUAUGCAGACGUCUACAUGGACCGGGAUGAGUUUUGGGAGAUGUUUGACGGCAAACUGUAUCACAAACUGAGACAGGAGCUUGGCUGCAAGGAGGCCUUUCCGGAAGUUUAUGACAAAAUCUGUAAGGCUGCCAGACACUGAUCCACAACCACACUUCCUGUCUCAGCAGCAGCAGUUGUAUCAUGUUUACACCAAGCAAACUGUUUUUGAAAAAAUGUGUCUUAAUGUUUCCUAAUAGAAAACAAAGUUCUCUAAUUGCUUGAUAGUCUUUUUGAUGAUUUGUAGUACAGGUGUCCCUUUUUUUCGCAGCUUCACUCUAUCACACUUUUUCAAAAAUCUAUGAUUUCAUAAAUCAUGCUGUUUGAAUAUGGCCUAUUCAUAUGCCACUUAAUCCUAUUAGGGCAUGCUGGAGCUUAUCCCAGCUGACUUUGAGCGAGAGGCAGGGUACAUACAACCUGGACUGGUCACCAGCCAAUCGCAGGCUGGUUUUGACUGAUUUUGACUUUAUGAUUGUAAUAUUAUAACUUUUACCUAACCUAAUUUUCCUAAAAUUGCAACUUUAUUCUUUCGACUCCUCUUUUUUCCCCAAUUUUACAGUUUUUUUUUUUUUUUUUUUUUUACAAUUUUUUGUGUGUGUGUGCCAAUAAAAAAAACAGCCCCGUGCUGCCUUUUGGAUACCUUUUGUAUUAAACUCAUGGCUGUCAAGUAACUUAAAAAAUGUUACUUUUUUUUUUUUGCAAAUAUACACAAAUGUUUGAAAAGAUGGCCACUUUUAAUAAAAUGAUGACUGCUUGUAA